AUGUUUGUUGAAAACUUUGAGGAUGACUUGCCCGUACGAUCGACUCGAUCAAGGGAGUCGAAAGCAGCAGCAUUGGCAAAUCUACAUCGGGAGAUUGACGCAAUGCUGGAUUCAAGUUCGUCGGGUGAAUAUUCAGAAAGUGAAGAGAGGGAAGAGUAA